CACCAACGGGAGGAAAGUGGAGAGAGAGAGAGAGAGAAAAGCAAGAAAAGAAAAAAAAAAAAAAAAAUUCCCUUUUACCAAACAAAAGAGACUUGGCAAAAGUUGGAAUUCAGAAUUUUCUCCUUUGGAUUCCGUCGCUUUGGUCUCUCAUGCCUCUGCCAGGCUCGUAAUCUGUGAUUCGUUCAUUUCCAUCUUCAAAUUCAAAAGUCACAACUCAACUGGUUUUUGAGUUUUGGGGACAGAAGGUCAGUGGGAGAGUGAGAAAGAAAGUGGAGGAAAAACCUAUCUGGCUACUGUGGAGAUCUGGGAUUUGUUUCAUCUCUUAUGCCCCAUGAAGACUUUGUUCCUUCCUGAGUCAUGUAAAGAGUCACAACUUGAUGCUCUAAAUCCACAGUCUUGGCUUCAGGUUGAAAGAGGGAAACUUUCUAAACUCUCUUCAUGCUCUUCUUCCUCUUCUUCAUCCAUAGACUCACUUAUCAAGGUCCCUGAACCUCCAGUUCUACCAUUUUUUAAACCUGUUGAUUAUGUAGAAGUUUUAGCCCAGAUUCAUGAAGAACUUGAAUCAUGUUCUCCACAAGAAAGGUCAAAUCUUUAUUUAUUGCAAUUUCAAGUCUUUAGAGGCCUUGGGGAAGUCAAACUGAUGCGGAGAAGUCUCCGCUCAGCCUGGCAGAAGUCUAGUACUGUGCAUGAAAAGGUUGUAUUUGGGGCAUGGUUAAAAUAUGAGAAGCAAGGAGAGGAGCUUAUCGCUGACUUGCUUGCCACUUGUGGUAAAUGUGCGCAAGAGUUUGGGCCUAUAGAUAUUGUCUCCCAGCUUCAUAUUGAUUUAAGUUUUAGCGCUAGUGAAACGAUUUUGACUAAUGCUGACAGUAAAUUAAGAAAUGUCAUUUUCAGUAUUGGAGAUGAGAAGAUAGUUUGUGAUAGAAAGAAAAUUUCAGGCCUUUCUGCUCCAUUCCAUGCUAUGCUUAAUGGGUGUUUCUUAGAAUCUCUUUGUGAAAACAUUGAUUUCUCCGAAAACAACAUAUCCCCAUUCAGUUUUAAGACGAUAAGUGAGUUCAGUGUGAAGGGCAGUUUGAAUGAAGUACCUCUAGAAAAUUUGUUAGAAAUAUUGAUAUUUGCAAAUAAGUUCUGUUGUGAAAGGCUGAAAGAUGCAUGUGAUAGGAAACUUGCAUCUUUGGUUUCCUCUAAGGAAGAUGCUGUAGAACUGAUGGAAUAUGCUCUGCAAGAGAACUCUCCUGUCCUUGCUGCGUCAUGUUUGCAAGUUUUCUUACAUGAACUGCCUGAUUGUUUGAAUGAUGAGCGGGUGGUGGAAAUAUUUAGCCAUGCUGGUAAACAAGAGAGGAUGAUUAUGGUUGGUGCAGCCUCAUUUUCACUGUACUGUUUAUUAAGUGAAGUUGCUAUGAACCUUGAUCCUCGGUCUAAUAAAACAGCUUGUUUCCUGGAACGAUUGGUGGAGUCAGCUGAAACUAACCGGCAGAAGCUGUUGGCUUUUCAUCAGUUGGGGUGUGUGAGACUCUUAAGGAAAGAGUAUGAUGAAGCAGAACGUCUUUUUGAAGCUGCUUUGAGUGCUGGCCAUCUGUAUUCUGUAUCAGGUUUGGCAAGACUAGGUUGUGUUAAAGGCCAUAGGCUUUGGGCUUAUGACAAGCUCAGCUCUGUGAUUUCUUCUGUUACCCCGCUCGGAUGGAUGUAUCAGGAGAGGUCCUUAUAUUGUGAAGGUGAUAAGAAGUGUGAGGACCUUCAGAAAGCAACUGAGUUGGACCCAACUCUUACUUAUCCUUACAUGUUUCGUGCUGCUUCCUUGAUGAGGAAACAGAAUGUUCAAGCUGCACUUGCAGAAAUUAACAGGGUUCUUGGGUUUAAACUUGCAUUGGAAUGCUUGGAACUCCGAUUUUGCUUUUAUCUUGCUCUUGAGGAUUACCAAGCAGCUCUUUGUGACGUUCAAGCAAUUCUCACGCUUUCCCCAGAUUAUAGGAUGUUUGAGGGACGGGUGGCGGCAUUCCAACUCCGUACCCUUGUGCGUGAGCAUGUUGGUAAUUGGACAACAGCAGAUUGUUGGAUACAAUUGUAUGAGAGGUGGUCUUCUGUUGAUGAUAUAGGAUCACUCUCUGUCAUAUACCAAAUGCUUGAAUCGGAGGCACCAAAAGGUGUCCUCUACUUCAGACAGUCUUUACUUCUUCUUAGAUUGAACUGUCCUGAGGCAGCCAUGCAAAGUUUACAGUUAGCGCGCCAACAUGCAUCAACUGAACAUGAACGUCUAGUUUAUGAAGGAUGGAUCUUGUAUGACACUGGUCAUUGUGAGGAAGGGCUUCGCAAAGCGGAGGAGUCUAUCAAGAUUAAUAGGUCUUUUGAGGCCUUCUUCCUUAAAGCCUAUGCAUUGGCCGACUCUAGCCAGGAUCCAUCUUGUUCUUCAACUGUUGUUUCACUACUUGAAGAUGCUUUGAAGUGCCCUUCUGAUAGAUUGCGAAAAGGCCAAGCGCUUAACAAUCUCGGAAGUGUCUAUGUGGACUGUGGGAAACUAGAGUUAGCCGCCGAUUGCUACAUAAAUGCCCUUAAGAUCAGACACACAAGAGCACACCAGGGCCUCGCACGAGUCCAUUUUCUAAGAAAUGACAAGGCUGCUGCAUAUGAGGAAAUGACCAAACUAAUUGAGAAGGCCCGGAAUAAUGCAUCUGCAUAUGAGAAAAGGUCUGAGUAUUGUGAUCGUGAACUCACAAAAGCAGAUCUAGAGAUGGUGACAAAGUUAGAUCCACUUCGAGUGUACCCUUACAGAUAUCGAGCUGCAGUGCUAAUGGAUGGCCACAAGGAGAAAGAAGCCAUUGCAGAACUGUCGAGAGCAAUUGCAUUUAAAGCAGACCUUCACCUGCUACAUUUAAGGGCAGCUUUCUAUGAGCACAUUGGUGAUGUCAUGGCCGCCUUACGCGACUGUCGAGCAGCUCUCUCUGUCGACCCAAACCAUCAAGAAAUGUUGGAACUUCACAGCCGUGUAAACAGCCAUGAGCCCUGAAUCACUAAUGGCAUGCAAGGAAAAAGAAAAACAAAAUACUUGCUUCUUUUUUUUUUUUUUUUAAAAAAAAAAAAUCCACCGUGUAUACUAAUCAAUCCAUCUCCCCUCAAUUUUUGUAUUUAUACUUUGUAAUUUAUUUUAAUUAAAUGUCAAGUUUGUUCC